UCAUCCAAUCUAUUCAUAAGGUCACAUAAAAUUGGACGAUGGAAAACCCAAAUUUCAGCUUGUCACUGAAGGAAGCGCUGCAAGACGAAGCGAGGAUUGACUACUGUCAUUGCCAUCUUUUAUUUGUUCAAAAUGCCAUCAGGGAUGGUGUGGAUGUGAGGGGCUACUUUGCUUGGUCAUUGUUGGACAACUUCGAAUGGGCAGAAGGUUUCACUAUUAGAUUUGGCCUUAUUUACGUGUGUUAUAAAGAUGGUCUGAAGAGAUACCCAAAACAUUCUGCUCUUUGGUUUCAGCAGUUUCUCAGAGGGCAUGAGGGUAUAGAUAAUUCCAUCUCCUCUGAAUGAUAAGUGGGACAUGCAUGGUACUAAUACAGGCAGGCCAUUUGUAUGAUUCAACUUUAUGGAUCUAUUGCUUAAUGUAACUAUUUAG